UUUGGCCUCAACAGAGCAAAAUGAACAAGCUUAUAUUAUCAUUAAUUUGUUUUAUUUUUACUUUCAAUAAUUCAGCAAACGGUCAGGAUGAACAACCAACACCCCCAACGACAUUUUGGAAACCUGUUUCGCAAACAGUGGUGGCAGCAGUAACCCGAGAAGAAAUUGAUGGCUACGAUAUAAAUUUUGACACAAGCUACACGCCUGAACAGCUAUUCGAAUAUGAAUUUUCAACCUCUUUUGGUUUAGAGCUGUGGUCUUUUGUCUGGGAUAAGCUAAAGCUUACGGUAAGAUUUAUCACACCACAGGGUGUUUCUGCCAAUUCGGCUAGCGCCCUUCCUCAACUUGUCUACCAAGGUGGUGCAAAUUUUGCAUUGGUUCCAACGGUCUUUGGGCCUGAGGAAACUAAAGGCCUCGUAAUCACUCAACCGACGCACAGCACAAGGUUUAAAUUAUUCAUUCAAUCUCCAACAAGCGUAUCAACUUCGCUCAGCUUGGGAAAAGUAUUUUCACCAGUUUUAUGGUUGGCUAUUGUAAUUUCAAUGCUGAUGAUGGGCGUCAUCUUGAUUUUCAUCGAAUUCGUCGGACAAAAGGCAAAAAUUAGGUCAUACCUAGCUACGCCCGCCGAUGUAGGGCAGCUUAUUAUAAUUGUAAUUGGCUGCUUCUGUUACCAAGGCGCAAUUCAAAUUGCCUCAGGAUGCUCUGGUCGAGUGCUUGUCUGGACCAGCCUGAUUUGUGGCUAUUUGAUUUAUAUCACGUAUAACACCGAGGUCAUUUCUCAGCUUACGACUGUUAGUUUUAAGCCACCUUUUGAUUCGCUUCAGGAUAUGGCCGCCAAAAAAACACAUAAACUAAUUGUUCGGAAUGACACAUCACUCCUUGAUAAUAUUAAGAUAACCAGGUUAAAAGAUGGGAAAAGAGGUCCAUUGGCUGACGUUUGGGAUCAAUUAUUGCCGAUGAAACCAAAGGCUGAUAAUCUUUACAAUAACAAAAGUGAAAUUAAACGACUAUGCAAAGAAAAUGUUGCCUUUCUGGACUCUGAACUUGCUAUCCCUCCAAAGGAUCAACAAAUUUCCAAAUGCAACGUGAUGACACUGAAAGAUUCAUAUUUCCGGUCCAACUUGGGCUUUGUUUUAAAUCAAAAUAACACAUACAAUCGGCAAAUUAUCAAAAUGUUCAAUCGUAUGAGAGAGACUGGAAUAAUAAAUCGAAUGAGAAGAUACAUUGACCAGCCGGAUGUAGGACCUUUGAAGCCCCUGCCUGAUUUAAAUCCAAUUGACAUAGACACCCUCAUCCCAAUGUUGGUAGUUUUGUAUAUGGGAAUGGCUGCAAGUAUCAUCACGCUUGGAUUGGAAAUUGCAUUCAAGCGAGGUGGCGGCGAAUUGAUUAAGAGGAUGAACGAAAGAGGCUUUUAUACGUGGAAAGACUUAAUUUGUUUCUGGAAGGUAAGAAAACCAGAACCUGCUGAAGAGGAGGAAUCAUCAAGUGAUGAAGACAGCGACACGGACGUGGAGCAGCCACCACAGCAGAAAACAGCACCUACGAUAAAAAUCUCCACCACCCCACAACAGCCGAUUAAAGUGAGGAGCACUAACGAGAAACCAAGUUCAUUAAAUAAGUAUCCAGUAAAAGCUGAAUUUAUUAAAAAUGGAGCUAACGACGAAAAGAAAUCAAAUUUAAUUAACAAAGAUAAUUUCGUUCCACCUGAAUUUAGAUUAAAUGAUGGAAAGGACUUUUUGCGCAAUUACAUCAACGAAAAUCAGAAUAAACCACGACCCUUCCGGCGGCAGAACAGAAUUUCAGACUUGACCUCAAUGUUGCCCAAAACGGUAACAGCAAGUUCGAACCCACAGUAUCUGGACAAAAAUAUAGUCGGAGGUCACGACUCCAGUCAGGAGAGCAACAAUUUUGAAAGCCCUCGACCUGACCGAAGAUCCCCCGCACCUGCCAGGUCAUCAGCAGCAAACAUAGAAUUAAAACCUGAAAAGAUCCCCGAAAAACCUGUUUUAUAUGUAAAUAUCCCCAGAGGCCAAAUUUCUAAUCAAAUUCUGCAAACGGAAAAGGAUCCACCUGCCAAUAAUCAAAAACCAAAACCUGAAAGCAACCCGACUCUGCCGGUGAGAAGGACGCGAUUUUCACUGCCGGAACCAGCAAAGGCACCAACAACUCCUAUUAAAUCGUUCCCACCCACCCCUCAUUACAACCCUGAGGAUUUGGCAAAACCGAUAAAGCUGUCAAGAGAGGAACUGCUAAAAAAACAAACUCCACCUGAGCCACUGCAGAUUCCUCGAAGGAGGGAAAGCCGCCCAAAAUCAGAAGGUCAAGAGAGGAACCGCGCCCAAAUUCCUCCAACCCAGGAAACCGUUGAUCUCUUUCCCAUAAAUUUAAAUCAAAUUCUGGCCGGCAGACAAAACGCUGCUCCUCCAAACCAGAAUGUCCCGAAUUUGCAUUUGUCUCUUGAUACUAAUGGAUUUUUAGACCGACACACCAUCAUUGACAUGAAUUUAGCUCGGCGGAUGCGCCAAAAUCGUGACCCGGAUCCGUUCAGUGGGCUCGAAUAAUUUAAUUUUUAUUAUCAUCAUUUAUCAUAAAUGUAGUGCCGCGUGAUUCACGUUU